AUGUCAGAAUCAUCAAAACAAGAAGAACAACCUCAACAACCAGUUGAAACUUCAAAGGCCGAAUCUACUCCAGAACAAACUUCCCAAGGUGAACAACCACAACAGCAGGAAGAAGUUGAACAACAAAGUGUGCCAAAUCAAGAUGAUGAACAAGCUGAACAACAGCUGUCCACUUCAACACCCCCAGAAGAAUCUUCAUUGACUCCAGCUUCUGCUACUGAAGGUGGUCGUGAAAUAUCCAACACAAUCUUAUACGUUGGUAAUUUACCAAAAUCCGCUUCCGAAGAAAUGGUUAAGGAUUUGUUUUCUGUUGGCGGUAACCCUAUUAAAACAAUUAAAUUAUUGAAUGAUAAGAAUAAAGCUGGCUUCAACUAUGCCUUUAUUGAAUAUGAUUCAAAUGAUACCGCAGAUAUGGCUUUGAAUACAUUGAAUGGUAGAGUGAUUGAUGAAUCUGAAAUCAAAGUUAACUGGGCUUACCAAUCUGCUGCAAUUGCUAGCACCUUAAAUAGUGAAGAACCUUUAUUUAAUAUUUUUGUUGGUGAUUUGAGUCCUGAAGUUAACGAUGAGGGUUUGAGAAAUGCUUUUAGCAAAUUUGGUUCUUUGAAACAAGCUCAUGUCAUGUGGGAUAUGCAAACUUCUAGAUCAAGAGGUUAUGGUUUUGUUACUUUUUCUGAACAGGCAGAUGCUGAAUUGGCCUUGCAAACCAUGAAUGGUGAAUGGCUUGGUGGUAGAGCUAUCAGAUGUAAUUGGGCUUCUCAUAAGCAACAGCAAUACAAUAAUCAACACGGUAAUGGAUACAGGAAUUACCGUAAUAACAAUCGUCAAUUUAGACAAUAUAACAAUGGUAACAACAACAACAAAAAUAAUGGUAAUGGUUUCCAACAAAAUAUGAUACAUAGUAAUCAGUUUAUGAACCAACAAGUACCACCACCUCCACAACAGCAACAGCAACAACAACAACCUCCUCAACCAAUGUUACAAGGUAUAAAUAAUGGAAAUAUUGCUCAGGGAGCACCAAUCAAUGGACAAGGAAAUAUCAACAAUAAUGUGAAUAAUGGAGGAGCGUUACCAGUGAUGUCACCUCAAUCAUUUGACAUAGUUUUGAGACAAACCCCAUCUUGGCAAACUACAGUAUAUUUGGGUAAUAUCGCGCAUUUUACCCAACAACAAGAAAUAAUCCCACUUUUACAGAAUUUUGGUUUUAUAGUUGAUUUCAAAUUCCAUCCAGAAAGAGGUUGCGCAUUUGUUAAAUAUGAUACCCAUGAAAGGGCCGCCUUGGCUAUUAUUCAAUUAGCUGGCUUUAACCUUAAUGGUAGACCAUUAAAAUGUGGUUGGGGUAAAGAAAGACCACCACAAUUUCAAAACUUUCCAAGAAACGGAAAUGCUCCACAAUAUAUUGGGGGACCUGGAAGACCUUAA